AUGGCUGCUUCGUCUUCUUCAUUCACUUUCUCCAAUCACGCCACACUUCACUCUCUCCCUCACAGAAACACCCUUCUCACCAAAACCCAGUUUUCAGUUCCAACAAAAUCAUCAGAAUCUAACUUCUUUGGUUUCAGACUCUCUCACUCUUCCUCUUCUCUCUCUACCCUCUCUUCACAUUCUCUUAAAAGCUCAAUCUUUGCCAAGGCUAACAAGGGACAGGCUGCACCAGACUUCACACUAAAGGAUCAGAACGGAAAGCCAGUGAGUCUCAAAAAGUAUAAAGGAAAGCCUGUUGUUGUCUACUUCUACCCUGCAGAUGAAUCUCCUGGCUGCACCAAACAGGCUUGUGCUUUCAGAGACUCUUAUGAAAAAUUCAAGAAAGCCGGUGCAGAGGUCAUUGGCAUCAGUGGUGAUGACUCUGCUUCUCACAAGGCGUUUGCGAGCAAAUACAAACUGCCGUACACACUGUUGAGCGACGAAGGGAAUAAGGUGAGGAAAGACUAUGGAGUGCCUGGAGACUUGUUUGGGGCGUUGCCAGGGAGACAGACUUACGUUCUUGACAAGAAUGGUGUCAUUCAGCUUAUCUACAAUAACCAGUUUCAGCCUGAGAAACACAUUGAUGAGACCUUGAAGUUCCUCAAAGCUGCUUGA